AUGACCCCACGUCGAGCAAAGCGAAACAUCCCAAAAGAUGGGCGUCAACGCUCAGUGCCAAAAGACGGGAGUAAAUCACAAGAACCUGAAGGCCCAUCUAGUCUUUCUCCAUCCGAGCCUCUUCGAAAGCAACGACGGGCGUCUCCUGCUAUUAAGGAUACGAGCACCAACAAUAGUAAAACCAAUUCAAUUGAUUACUGGAUCAAAGAGGGACGCUGGCCGAAGGAAUAUUUCAACCAGGACGAUCAGACUAGAAAAGAUUUCGGAAACUUCAACGAGAUACCCUGGUUAGCAGCGAUGGGGCUCAAUCACCUACUUGUAAGGAAUGCUUUUCGUGGUAAACCAUCGGAAGCUAGCUCCGUCACAUCCAGUUCAGUCAGCGAUCGGAAGCCGAGGGAAGUCAACACUUAUAAGCAUGCAAACUAUGUGACUGCGCUUGCUAGCAAGAAUAGUUUCAUGAAAGAAUUCGUUAAGGGUAUUGAAAAAGUAAGCAGUGAUCUUUGUCAAACCUUACUCUUUGCAGAGCAGACAUAUCCCAAGGACUCAUUAUUUCGCGAAGAUCGAUUCAAAACUACUUGCAACAACAUUUGCGACAGAAACGAGUCCAUAGUUGUGCGAGAUAUCGGCCAGCUGAUUGUCCCUUCUGCCCAAAAUCUAGCGACAUGCGGUGCUGCGCAUCUUGAGGAUUUAAUUGACAGUGCCAAUGAAGGCUGGAAGAGCGCCAAACCUUUUCUUGGUCCUCGUCCACAACCUGAUUAUUCCGUGGGAUUUAAAGAAUCUGCAUUUACGCAUGAUCAGCUCGAAAAGCUUAAGCCUUACGUUGGCGAGGGUCUAGAUACUUCUCCGUCUCAUUCCUGGCUAUCUUGCAGAUACCGACAGAAUGCGCACAGUAUGACCCUGGCAGUGAGGGGUGUUGUUGACCUCUUUAGGUUGGUAAAACGCGAAAAGGAGCUCCAUUUACAAAUUCUCGCCUUCUCAAUCUCACACGACCACCUAUCAGUGAGAAUCUACGGCCACUACCCUGUAAUCGAUGGAGAUACAACCAAAUUCUACCGCCAUCCGAUUCGUAAUUUCGGCUUCACGGAACUGGAUGGUAAAGAGAAAUGGUCGGCUUACCAGUUCACCAGGAACGUCUACGACAUAUGGAUGCCGACUCACCUGGAAAGAAUACGUUCAGUCAUCGAUUCGUUGACCGGUUUUGAGGUCUCGCAGCAAUCUGAGUCGUAUAAAUCCGGACUCUCACAGGUGUUGAACAGCCAGCAUCUCUCAGAGCCUUUAGAUGAGGAUGGCUCAUAUUUGUGGGGAGAAGCUGAGGGAUCAAAUAAAAACCCCAAGAAAAGAGGAAUUGAUGGAUGGGGCAGCAUGAGAUUAGGAAAAGGUGCGAUAGGCGGAACACAAGAAAACAAAUGGAGAAGCAGAUAUUAG